AAAGACGUCAGAGGGAGAAUUGAAUCCACAAGUGGAAGAACUUGGUCAUGGAGGAAGGAGAACGCUGCGCUCGAAGACGCCAGAGGAUUUGGAUCGAGGAAGGAAUCUGGAAAGUGACGACGGCAAAGUUGGCAGCUCCAGGAUCUCCGAAACCACCUCGGUUUGUCGCCAUGUCAAGAAGGAGAGGCCGCGUGCUGACUAAGUUGUUGUCAGAGAGAAAGAAAGUUUGGCUGCUUGAAGGACCAAAGUAAAGAAUGACCUCAAAUAAUCCUCCAGCUGACUCAGUUCGAGAUUAGGGGAAGUUUAGCUGAUUGAUUGGUUAAUUUCGGCCGAUUAGUCUGUGCAAUAUUGUGUACUGUAC